AUGGAAGCCCUCAGGCGUCGGAGCAGGGAGUGGGAGCCUUCUGAGCUGCAGCGGCUGAAGGGGCGCCUUGACAAGCCGCGAUGCAGGCGGGACGGCAGGGGUGAUCCUGUCUCGGGUGCCCUGCACAGGACAAUACCUCUGCGCCGCCGCUCUGCUGCUGCAGACUCCUGA